AUGCACAAGCUCACUGACUUGAUCCACAAGUUCAAGAAGGUGAAGUCGGCAGAGGUGCCAGAUAACUUUGUGUGGUGUCCGUGGUUUUGUGAUGAUCAGAAUAUCAAGUUUGCGGAGGAGGCAAGGGGGGGGUGUUGGCCUCGGGUUGAUGGUAUGCCGGUGCUUAGGAGGGUCACGAGCAUUGAGAUGCAUGGCUUGGGCCUUCCCAUUUCGAUCCUGUUAUCACCUGAGGCAGACAUUGUUCCGAGGGAUCAGCAGCAGCUCAUCUUGCCCCAGCAAGUUCAAAGUCCAGCUGUUGCAACCCCACAGUCAGACCUGACCGCAGUCAGCGAGCCCUUGCACCGCGAGCAUUCUGCUGCUCAGGACACAGUCACCCAAAACGAGCGAAAGACUCCCCCAACCAAUGGCAACCAGCAGGCCAAACCAGUCCACAGCAACAAUAUCAACCAACCCGUCACAAGUAGCGCUGGGUCUUCUGGGACCGGGGCUCGAGCUGGUCAUAAUCCCAUGAAGGAAGCUGCAUUCCGAGGGGCGGAAGCUGCAGCCAUGCUGGUAACCACCGAGACCUUGCCGCAAAAUACCGCAUUCGGGAAACAGCUUACCCCCGUGGCAAUGAGCGGGGAGUUAGCACAAGCGCAAUGCAAAUUCCUGGCAAGGUUGAUUGCUGAGAGAAUCCUUCGAGAAUCCGAGUUCAACGAGUCUUAUCAUGCUUUCCAACGGGGAAGUAUCAAAAGCCUACAUUAUCUUCUUUACACCAAAGCAUGGCGCACCGGACGCGUUUUGGGCCUGCGGUUUGUGGGGGGACCGUUGGGUAACCGAGAUGCUGCCACCAUCUCACAGAUUGAACAUUUGAUGCACGAGAUUCCCUGGAGGGUUGCGAGGACCUUUUCUCGUACACAAGGGGUUUGA